CAUUUCCAUGCAUUCCCCGCCCUCUCUACUGUAAGUAGGGUUUUCAUCGUUGCCUGCGCGAUGUGCCAGAGAGUGAAAGCGCCCCGCGGCCCUUCAAUGGCACUGCGAUUGCUCCACCACUGCAAAGCUGUGGCGCCUUGUUGGCGCUGGCGGAGGACGCGGCCAAAGAGCUUCAAUGUGGCGCAGAGGCAUUGUGGUCGGAUCCAGGUGCGCCCUAGCCUCGUGGAUUUUGGAGUCGAAUGCAAGCAAUUCAUCUCGUGUUUGUGGCAUUGACAGGCAAGGACUGGUGCUCUUGAGAUUAAAUUGAGGAGCUCUUGCUUUUUCGCCUUUGCAGAUCUCUGGUUGGAAGUUGGGACCGAGAAAAGGCUGGCUGGUUGGUGAGAAAGGAAAAUCUUUUGGAAGGCUGCAUUGGCAUCUCUUCUCCUGGACGGUGAGAGUCGACGAGUACCGCUAGAGAAGGAUGCGAAGCUGCGGUAUGAGUUCGUAGAGCUGAGGCUUGACAGCUCGAGAGAAACUUAUUGGGGAAGAUGUUCAAUUGCACUAGGAGGGCGUCCAAGAAGGUCAAGGAGAAAGUGGACUUUAGUAUCCAUUUUCACGCGACGCAGAUUCAUACGGCAUGGGAUAAGCUGGCUGUGUCCCUUGUCUCCUUGGAUUCUGGAAAAGUGACUGGGAAAACUCGCAAAGCUUCUGUUCGAAAUGGUCAGUGUCAUUGGCCAGAUGCAGUUUUGGAAACUGCCAAGCUUAUACUGGACAUGAAGACGCAUAUGUAUGACGAGAAACUAUACAAGUUCGUCGUGGCCAAGGGGUUUUCUCGCUCUUGUGUUCUGGGAGAAGUCAUUAUCAAUAUAACCGAGUAUGUCACCGCCGCUUCCCCAACGUCAGUAACUUUACCCUUGCGGUUCUGCUAUGCAGGCACUCUUUUACAUAUUAAAAUACAGUGCUUGACUCCUAAAUCCAUAAAUAAGCCGCUUUCAUGGAUUCACUCUGGACAUGUUUCCGAUACCGAAACAGAAAUGUAUUCUGCAUGUGGAACGUCGUUACCAUGCACAAACAGCCCCGCUCAUUAUCUUUGUCGGACGUUCAGUGUGGGAACCCAGUCACCAGUGGCCUCCAGUGCAACGGGCGAGUGCAGCCGCGUACUACCGUCAUCUCCCACUCAAAAUGCAGAGAAGAAGUCAGGGAUGAUAGCCAUUUCGUAUAUCUCUCUGUCUUCUCCUGCAAGGGCUGUCACCCCGCCGCCACGGGAUAGAGAUCAUCCGACACGCAAGGAUUCCGGGAGGGAACUAGAAAACUGGAAAAACAUAGCGGAGGCGUUGAAGAAGGAUUUAGCGGCUCAGAAGCAGGAGCUUGCGAACUUAAAGAUGGAUGCGGAUAUUGACAGAUCGUCUUACUUGGCGGAACGGAAUGUUCUCCACUCAGAGCUGGAGGAUUUAAAGAACCGGAGUGCCGAGCUUACGAAGAGAUCUGACUGCAAGGAACACAUAUACAUCAUUGACGAGCUCAAGGAGGAGCUGGGGUUGGAGAGAGACAAGAAUACCAGCUUGAACAUUCAGCUCCAGAAUCUGCGGAAGUCUAAUAUGGAGCUGCUUUUGGUUGUCCGUGACUUGGAAGACUCGUUGGAAGAGCACACCAGAGACACAGAGCGCUUGCUGAAGUGCAAAGUGUACAACAAUCCUUGCGCAGAGGGCGAUGCAACGCUUGAAGGGGAGGAGAGAUACAGCGAGUACAGCUAUGCAGCCGAGACGAAGAAUAUAGACAAGAUCCUCGACCUCAGCAGGAACAAUGAUCAGCAUAUGGAUGACGAGACUCCAAGGCUUAAGAUGUUUAUUUCGGCAGUUUCGGAGGACUUGAGCAACAUGAAGGUCGUGCUGGACGAACUUAACAGGCACACACAAGUUGGCGACUGCUAUGCGUCCGUGAAGGAACAGCUUCUUUUCGAUUUGAAGGCCCUGGUACAAGGCUCUGAAGAUCUUAUCGCUGAGCUCCAGAAAGAUAGUACCACAGGAGCCAGCGAAAUCACAAACAGAGGCAAGUCGACGACCGAUGGUGAGUCAGAAGAAGUAAAAACUUUGAACGCGAAGAUCAUGGAGCUCGAGAACUUAUCAAAGAUGCACCGAGAACAGGAAGUGUCCAGGCAGCUGAAAAUCGAUCAGUUGGAGUCACAGUUACUAGAGUUCGUACAGGAGCUGGAACACGUGCAGAAGUCCAACGAGCAGCUUGAAUCGCUCCUAGGCGCCGCGAAAACAGAGAAAGAACACUUGGAACAGAUGGUCGAAGAUGCUGAGAGCACUGAAUCCCUUUCGCAAAGAGUGGCAGAGCUCGAGGACCAAGUGCAACGCCUGGAAAUGGAAAGAGAGGACUACCUGCUGGAACGAUGCGUGGGAGAAAAUCUCGCAAGGGAUCUGUGCAAACGGGUGAAAAGCAUCGUGUCCGGCUCACAAAGUGAUUCCGACGAGAAGGAAAAGUUGGACUUCAUGUGCCAUAUGAAGGAGCUGAGACGUUCUUUUUCGCUACUUAUGAUCAACAGGCGAAACUCAGAGGACGAACUUGAAGCUCGCCAGCAUGACGACAAUGGAUCAUCACUCGAAGAGGAUGAGAUGCCAUUGACAAACAACGUGGAGCUUGUGGAUCCUGGUGAAGUUCUCAGGCUUCAAGAAGAGCUGGAGAAGAAGGCUGUGGAGCUGGAGGUCUUGGAUUCAAAGGUUGUGGAACUUACGGUGGAGAAGGGCAAAGUUGACGGCAUGCUAAGGAGCUAUAUGGACCAGGUAGAGGCCAGGGAGAUCAGGAUGGACCAGCUGGAAGCUAAACUAGUGAACUUUUCCCAGGAACUGAACAGCAUGCAGGAAUCCAACGAACAGCUUGAGUCGGUUUUGGAAGCAACAAAAGCUGAGAAACAGCGGCUGGAAGUUUUGGUCCAAGAUGCGCACGAAGAGAGUAGGAGAGAAUUGCAAGACUCGGAGGCUCUUUUACAAAGAGUGACAGAGCUCGAAGCACACUUGAAGCGCUUGGAAGGGGAAAAGGAGGCCUACGCCCUCGAAAGAAGCGUGGCUGAAAACCUCGUUCGUGACUUAUGCGAGAAGCUACAGGCUGUUACAUGCAACGUCGGCAGGGCUGAGUACCAAGAGGAGGGCGACUGCAAGUUCAUCUCUCAUGUCAAGGAGCUGAGGAUAUCGUUCAGUUCGCUUGCUCAAAUGGCACGGCACUCGGAAGGUCGCCUUCAAGAACUUCAGUUCACAUGCGGCUCGCUGGAAGAUAGGCUGGUGAAAGAAUACGAGAAAACAUUGGGUAGCAUCGCGUUCCUGGACGAGCAGUUUGGCCAGCUUUCGAAGGAGUCGGACCAGCGGAUCGAAACUUGCAAUCGAGAGCUUGAAGUGCUACUGAGUAAGCUGCAACAGGAGCAAGAAGAGAAAAGAUCGCAAGGUUUCUUAAGGGUGGCGCUCGAGGAGAAUUCAUGCGAGAUCGCAUAUCUAAGAGACGAGUUACGACGGCUGAAGGAGCAAAACGCGGCCAUGAUUCGGGAGAGAGAAGCUUUUAAGGCGGAAAUUCAAAGUCUCGAAGCUGAGAGUGUUCAAUGGCAAUCAACGUUGGAGGAGUUGCAGGAGCAGUUUGAACACUUGCAAGGUGUUGGACGGACCAAGUCUCAACUGGCAACGACCGAGGAGGCGUUGAAGGCUCUUGUGUCCGAAAACAGAAGCUUGGAGGAGGUGCUGGAGAGAAAAACUACUCAGCAUUGCAAGGACAAAGAAGAAUGGCAGAGAAAGCUCGCAGAAAUGCAGGAAAAGGUUGGACGACUGGAGGCGUCCACAAGAACAGAGGAACAAGAAAUUCUCCUGGAGCUUGAGGUGUUGAAGGCCGACUUGGAAAGUACCACGAAAACGUUGAUCGGGCUCCGAACAGAGAAAACAUCGUUGGACGGGCAGGUGAACAAGCUUCAGAUGGAGGUCGCAGGCCUCACGGGACAAAAUGUUUCUACAGAGCUGACGCUGACGAAUCUGGAAGCCGAACUUGAGCAGUACAAGACGUUGAUUAUCAGCCUGAAAGAGGAGGUUGCAAGUGCUGAAAAGAAACUGCGAGCUGAACGUGAUCACCGAGAAGACACUGCGAAUAAGUGCAUGCGACUUACAGGCGAGAUUGAAGAUUUAAAAUGCAAGUUGCUCGAAUGCAGCAAUUUGGAUUGUAAGCUUCUAAGCUUGCAGGAAAUGAUAGAGAGCAAGACCUCCUGUUUAGAACUUCACUGGAAGUCGGCACAUCAAGGCUUCCAAGCCAAGGAAUCAGUGAUAUCGGAAACUCUUGGGCACCUGGAGGAAGCUUAUAAGCAGACGACGAUUUCCUUUGAUGCGGUCGUUUCCGAGCUCGCAAAAUGCAAGUGCCUGAAUUCCGAGCUUGAGGAGAGCCUCAAGACGCAGACGGAGGCAAAGAAGCGAACAGAGGAAGAAAGCUGGCAUUUAAGGAGGGAAUAUAAAGCCAUGGAAAGCAGAUUAUCGACGCUGAGUGAGGAAAAAGAAGAAGAGGUUCGUAUCCAGCUAGUCGAAGUAAGGAACCUUCAGAGAACAAUCGCGCAGCUGGAGGAUGACAUUACGAGGAAGCUGUGCGAACAAAGAGAAAACAGUGUUUCAAUAUCGACGCAGACAGAUUGUAGCCAGGGGCAAGAGACAGCAGAAAGGAGCACCGAGAACAGUAACGAAGUUCAGGACAUGAAACAUGGUCGUCGCAAGUGGAAACAACAACAUGACGACCAGGACAUAGAGCUCCGUUCAAAGAUUGCAUCGUUGGAGGCCGAGCUUCAUUCGAAAGCUGUCUGUUUAAGCUCAACGCUGGAGAAGUCACAAGAAAGGGAGGCUACGUUGUGUGAAAAGAUUGUCCAUUUGGAAGCUGCCAAGAGGACCCUUGAAGACGAAGUCGGCAACCGGCGUGAUGAAUCUGGACUUAUGAAGGCACUAGCAGAAGUGGAAGAAUGCAAGCUCGCCAGGGCCAGCCUCGAGAAAACAAUCUCUCAUCUUCAAUCACAAGUGGAGAGCGAUAAACAUCUGCUGGCGGAGAAGGAGUUGGAGUGUGCACUUUUGAAGGAAGAAUACGGAAAACUAAAACUUGCAAUCGCCGAGUUGCAAGAAAAGCAUGCUACACUGGUGAAGAUGGUUGCUUCUCAAGAGGUGGAAGCUUCUUCAAAUUCUCCUGGCUUGGAGCUUUUGAGGUUCGAGUUUCAAGAGAAGGAAGCGUUGCUUUGGAAGAAAAUAGAAUAUCUGGAGCUGGCUAAUGAGCAGCUCGCUGGUCAACAAGUGGAUUCUGGACUGGAGCAACUGAAGAGAGAGCUCACUCGCUUGCAAAAUCACAAUUCAGAGCUAAUCCGCCGGGAGCAUGAGCUAACGUCGAAGCUGAGUGCGUACGAGCUGUUGCAGCUUGAAUUACAGCGUUUGCAAGAGGACAACGAGCAGCUAGAGCAGAAGUUUCUGAAACUCAAAGAUGCCUCGCUGUGGGGGGACACACUCGAGCGGCUUGUGUACCUGGAGACGGAAUUGGCCGAGGCAUUGGAGGCCAACACCAUGUACAAGCUGCAGCUCCAGAGCGUCUUUGCCAAGAGCGUCUCGGGUGCUGCUGCUCAAGGUACGAGUGAAGUUGAGGGAAUCAUAGCCAACCUCGUGAGCUUCAAAAAGCAGACACUGUUCCUCGAGGCAGAGCUCAAGGAGAUGCAAGAGAGAUACCUGAGCAUGAGCAUGCGAUACGCGGAGAUACAGUCGGAGAGGGAGGAGCUCGUCAUGACUGUUAAAGCGCUGAGAUCGUCCAAACAGUGACUUGCGUGUCUGCCUAACUCGUAGGAAGAUGUGACGUUACAAGCGAUAUACGAGAGGAUCCUCAUCUCUCUGUUUCUUUUGUGGAGGUUAUUAUAAAUAAGAGAGGUGGUGAUGUUGCUUUUCUUGUUCUUGUUCUUGUUGUUGACCAUAACUUUUAAAAGACGUUUAUGUUCUCGGAA